UAUUAUACCAGUCAAUAACAAGUAAGCUCAUUUAUUUUGGAGAGACAGGUAUACAAGUCAGUCUUAUGUCAUUUUUCAACCUCCCAAAAAUCUCUAGACAUUUAUCAUGUGUCAAUUACUUAAAAACAAAUCCCAAAAAUUAAGCAUUCUAUUUUGCUUAUUUAGCAUUUUUUUAUAUUAUUGUGCAAUCAGAUAUCUACGCCUGGUCUUCAAACAACACUUAGAUGCUUUCUGACAUUCUACUCUACAUUUACUCUGGGAAAUCUUUGGAUCUAUUCUAAAUACCCGCAUUCAGAAUGAGGAGUAUCAUGGCAAAAGCCCUAAAGCUCCCAGGAAUGAAUGAAUUACUAUUGCUGUUGGAAAGAAGGACCCUUCAAUAUCCACACAGCAUAUAGCAUCCUCAAGGGGCAAGGCCUAAAGAACUGGAUUUGGAUGCCUUACCCGACAGAGAUCUUUUCCUCUACAAUGCCCACCAUGUGGCUCAACACCUCCUCCUCCCCUUUCCUACUCACUGGCUUCCCAGGUCUGGAGAAGACCCAUCACCUGAUCUCUCUCCCACUGCUGAUGGCCUAUAUCUCCAUACUGCUUGGCAAUGGCACCCUUCUUUUUCUCAUUAAGGAUGACCACAACCUCCAUGAGCCCAUGUACUAUUUCUUAGGUAUGUUGGCUGCUACAGAUCUUGGAGUAACAUUGACCACCAUGCCCACAGUGCUGGGUGUACUAUGGUUAAAUCACAGGGAGAUUGGCCAUGCAGCCUGCUUCUCUCAGGCCUACUUUAUCCACACUCUCUCUAUUGUGGAGUCAGGGGUCUUGCUCGCCAUGGCCUAUGAUCGUUUCAUUGCCAUUCGCAACCCAUUAAGAUACACCACCAUCCUUACUGACACUAGGGUAAUACAGAUUGCAGUGGGUGUAUUUAUUAGGGCUAGCCUAUCAAUCAUGCCAAUAAUCAUUCGCCUGCAUUGGUUUCCCUACUGUCGAUCCCAUGUACUCUCUCAUGCUUUCUGUCUACACCAAGAUGUCAUCAAGCUAGCCUGUGCUGACAUCACAUUCAAUCGUCUCUAUCCAGUUGUGGUUGUAUUUGCAAUGGUCCUGCUAGAUUUCCUGAUCAUCUUUUUCUCCUACGUUUUAAUUCUCAAGACUGUCAUGGGCAUUGCCUCUACAGAUGAGCGGGCCAAGGCCCUCAACACAUGUGUCUCCCAUAUAUGUUGCAUCCUGGUCUUCUAUGUCACUGUGGUUGGUCUGACCUUUAUUCACAGGUUUGGAAAGCAUGUGCCUCAUGUGGUUCACAUCACAAUGAGCUACAUCUACUUCCUUUUCCCCCCUUUUAUGAACCCUGUCAUCUAUAGCAUUAAGACCAGACAGAUUCAGAGUGGUUUACUUCGCUUAUUUUCCCUGCCUUGUUCUAGAACACGACUCUGACUAACAGAUCUUGGAGUGUGGAAAUAGUGACAGCACUGCAGGCAUAAGUACCCACACGAAAUAUUUUAGUAGAAAUCUACUAAGGCCUCUGCUAUUUGAUUGUUAUUUAUUGCUGAUUUGAUAUGAUGCAUUCACAAUACUAAAUGCUAUGUCACGUGAUCACUCUGAUGUUAACUGUUUUCCUAAAGUGGUUUUUACCAUUUGUUGAGCUUUUGAUACAAGAUAUGCACAUACAUUUAUGACCUUUGAAACUAAAGUAUAGGUCAUCCUUGUUUGAUUCAAACCCAGAAUUCUCAAUUUGAUCCCCAUGCAUUGGCCUUCCUACAACUAGGGCUAAAGUGUUCAGUAAUUAUGCUCACAUGGACCUGGUUAAUGGUUAUGGAAAACUAUCUUGAGUAAAAUGAGCCAAACAAAGACCUCAGUUCAGGAUUAUUGACUUAGAAAUAGAGUACCCAUAAAAAGUCUGCUCAGUUUCAAUUUUCACUUAUAUUUACCAAAUAAUAAUAAUAUCAAUAAUAAUAAUUUUAAGACAGAAAUAUAAUCUUAGUCCAAAUAACAUUAUCUUGUAAAGUGGGUCCUAGGUACUGCUGAAGACAUAGGUAUUAAAAUGAUAUAAAAAUGUUAUCUGGGGAUCAGCAUGGUUAACACUAGAUGAGAGGUCCUGAUACACAGAAUUCCAGAGCACAGCAUGGCUGAUCAUUUGUCUGGGAUGGGAAAGCUAGGAAAAGACGGAGUCGGUGGAUAUUACUGGAAGAGAAAUGUGUUUUUUCUUUCCCCAAAUAUUCUUUAGAAUUUAUUCUGAUCACUUGUAGGCUUGAGGGAAAGGUGCUUGAGAUUUAUUCCCUCUUAAAGAACCAAUAUCUAUGAUUCAAAAGGUUACUUUAAAUUUUCCACAAAAAAUCUCCUGAGAAGACUACAGACAUAAAAUACUAGGAUAGCACAUAACCAUCCCACGACACAUCUCCCAUCUCAAUCUCUGGGCCCCGUCACACUAGUCUUCUGAUUGCAUCAACUCUCUCACACACAAAAGGUAGAAUUUUUUAGAACUUCUGGGAUUUCUCAAUGCCUUAGAGAAAAGAAAAACAAUAACAUCUUUACAGAAGUUUCCAAGCCACACAAUUUGUAUCUGAUUCGCCAAUAAACUGUUCUUGCUUUACAUUGUAUUUCCACAGUGUGGCUCUGUGAUUGGAUUUUGUGUAAAAGUUGGGUUUCUCCUUUCAUAUUUCCAAGAGCUUGUUCUUUA